GCUGAAUAAAAGUUUUUAUCUUUUUUAAUAAAAAAGUAGUUAAUAAUUGUGAAGUAUAUUGUGUAUGAUCUUAUAUAUAACGUAAAAAUACCAACGCCAUUAUGGCUUAUAAUUGUCCAAAAGAUAUAGAUGGGUUUAUACCUCUUUUAUCAAAGGCUGAUACAAGAUUUCGACAACAAGUUGGUGUUGAUAUUUUAUCAUAUUUAGCAGAACCAUCAAAUCCUAUUGUUUGUCAAGACAUUGGACAACUUAUUGAUGGAUUAAUUCCUUGGAUGCAAAGUAGCAACUACAAAGUUUCCAGCAAUGGAAUUGAAGCAAUGACAUAUCUGAUAGACCGGUUAGGAACAGAUUUUAGACCCUAUCUACAGACAGUAUUACAAAAUGUAAUUGACAGGCUUGGUGAUGCAAAAGAUACAGUACGAGAAAAAGCACAGCUUUUAAUAUUGAAGAUAUUAGAAAGAAAUGUAGUUUCUCCACAUACUCUUUUAGAAAAAUUAACACCUGGUUUCACUCAUAAAAAUGCCAAAAUACGAGAAGAAAUACUUAGAUGUCUUGUUAAUAUUCUCAAUGAACAUGGGGCACAAAGUUUAGCUUUAAGUAAAUUUAUUCCCGAUAUUGUAAAGUUGCUAUCAGAUCCCACUUCAACAGUCCGCGAUACUGCUUUUAUUACAUUAGUGGAUUUAUACAAACAUGUAGGGGAAAAAUUAAGAUCUGAUUUGCAAAGGCGAAAUUUGGUUCCUCAAGCCAAAUGGUCCAUAUUAUUAGCCCGAUUUGACGAAGUAAAAAACAGUGGUGAACUUAUGCAAUCGGCCAAGACUUCUGAGGUGGACGAAGUUGACAAGAUGUUAAAAUAUUCUUCAGUCAAAAAACUUCCUCUAGGGAAUGCUGCCAAACAGCGAAGUGUAUCAAAUAAUACCAAUACUUGUGCUGGGUCUGUGGAUGAAGAUACUUUUAUGAGAUCAUUUGAAGAUGCACCGACAAUACAAUUAUUUUCUGCCAAAGAAGUUAAUGAACACUUGAAAAAUAUCCAAGACAUAGUUUCUGAUACAAAUAAAGAAUGGAACAAGAGGGCUGAUGCUUUAAAAAAAGUUCGUUCGUUAAUUCUAGCAGGUGCUACAAGUUAUGAAGAAUUUUAUGUUGGUCUUAAAUCUUUAGAAAUACCUUUACAAGGAACCCUUAAAGAUUUGCGAUCCCAAGUAGUUCGAGAAGCUUGUAUAACAAUUUCAUAUUUGGCACAAACAUUAGGAAACAAAUUUGAUAAACCUGCUGAAUUUUUACUGCAAUCGCUAAUAAAUCUUAUUCAAAAUUCGGCCAAGGUUAUGGCAACUGCAGGACAAGUUACAGUACGAUUUAUUAUCCGAAACAUACAAAGCCCAAGACUUAUUCCUUUAAUUACAAGCAAUGCAAUGAAUUCAAAAAGUAAAGAGAUACGACGCAACUGUUUUGAAUUUUUAGAAUUCAUAUUAACACAAUGGUCGACCUAUCCUUUAGAAAGACAUGUAGCUGCACUACAAGAAGCAGUCAAAAAAGGAAUUGCUGAUGCUGAUCCUGAAGCAAGACAAUGUUCUAGAAGGGCUUUUAAAGGCUUACGUGUUCAUUUUCCUGAGCAAGCUGAAGUUAUUUUACAAUCCCUUGAUCCUAGUCACAGAAGAGCUGUGCAAGGCGAUAGCAUGUCUGCUAGCUCAUCAAAUAGUAAUCUUUCAUCCAGUGGAUUUAAAUCUUCCAGAUCAUAUGGACGGACAUCACAAAGUGUAACAGAUUCUGGUCGAAAAGGAUUUAGGAGCAAUUCGGCAAUUGACUUACAAGCAGCACAAAGAGCAAAGGCGCGUGCUCAAUAUGCCCAGAUGGCAAGGACCAAAAUUUCAUCUGGAACCGCCAGUUUGCAGGAAGACUUAUCUAAGCAAGCUCGGCCAAGAAAGUCUUCAGAUGUUAUAGUGACCCCAUCUCCUGAAAGACUAAGUAGAAACCGAAAUCGGAAUUCACAAUCUCAACCUACCAGUAGGUCUGGAUCCCCAAGUUCAAGAAUAGGUACAUAUUUUUAUAGAGGUGCGGAUCAAGACUCUCCAAGGCCAAGACGAUUAUCAUCCGGUAUUCCAAGAUCAAGUCAAGGAUCACGAGACACAUCACGCGAAACAAGCCCCAGCAGAUCGUCGACGGUGUCAAGAUUUAGAAAAGGAAGUGAUAGACCACCAGUAAACCCAAUAUCUAGACCUGUACUUGCCCAAAAAAUACUUCAACAAAGUAGGGAGGCUGAAAAUGCUCUUGCGGACGUUUUGAAUGACUCAUCCACAUUGGAGCAAUACAGAAGUCCAAGAAAAAGUUUACGAUUGGAUAACCACUCCGAUGAAUCGGAAACUUCUAGUGUUUGUUCUGAAAGGUCCUUCGAUUCAUAUAAGAGACACAAUGAGUCAUAUUCAUGGAGUGGUUCACAAUCAAGAUUAUCUAAUUCUAAUAGAGAGCCGUGGGAACCUUGUCGGGAUAUUACUGAAAUUAUUGUACUUUGUGCAAGUACAAAUUGGCAGGAGAGAAAAGAUGGUCUGCUUUCUUUACAAAACUACUUAAAUUCGGAAAUGAGGUUAACCCCAGGCGAGUUAAAACAUUUGACUGAAAUUUUUACAAGAAUGUUUAUGGACUCUCAUACUAAGGGCCUUAGUAUGUUUCUUGAAACUGUAUUGGACUUUAUUAAAUUUCAUAAACACGAUCUGCAUUUUUGGUUAUAUGUACUUUUGCAUAGAGUUUUUGUUAAAAUUGGUACAGAAACUUUGACAUCAAUCCAAAAUAAACUUUUGUCGACUCUAGAUGUUAUCCGCGUAAGCUUUCCGAUACAAUUAUUAACUGCAAAUGUCUAUCGCUUCCUUAUUGAUACUAAUCAAACACCUAAUAGUAAAGUAAAAAUUGUAGUUUUAAAUUUUCUAACUUCAAUAUGUAAACAUGCAGAAGAAAAUUCAUUUAUUUCCUCUCCGCCUGCAAGUCAGGCCCUUCAAAAGAUUAUUGCAUAUGCUCAGGAUACAAAAUCAGUAGAAAUAAGACAUGCUGCUAAAAUGUGUUUGGUAACCAUGUGGAAUUGUAACACACCACAAGUUAUUUUAAUGCUUAGUGAAUUACCCAAAGAACAACAAGAUAUUGCAUCAAAUAUUGUUCAAUGUCAUAUGAGAAAAAAUUCAACCGGCAGUGAACCAAGUAGUCCCUUAAUAGCAUUCAGUCCAAAACCUUUAUCACCAGUCAUUUCUCCUAUACUUAAAGAUGGUUUGGAUCAAGAAGAGAUUUACAAAAAUCUUAGAAAGACUACUGCAGAAAUUCAAAAUUACAGUUAUGAGACAUUGGGUUCCAAAUUAGAUAGAGAUAGAGAUACGACAUCCCAAGACUCAGGAAUUUCUCAAAUGUCGAUUGGAAACGAUUUUAAAAAUGAUAUAUGUGCCAUUGAAGAAAAAAUAGAGGAACUAAAUUUAAGGUCAAAUUUUGAAACUUCAAAUUCAGGUUCUAAAUCAUUGCAUCUUACUAAUGUUAAUGGUGUAUCUGACACUGAGUCAAAUGGUUUUAGAAGUUUAGGUGAACUCAGGGAUAAUGAUGUGGUGUCGAUUAUUUUGGAAUAUUGUUUGGUUGACGCUCCAAUACCAAUGGAUGAAAAAAUACGAUUAAUGUCCCAAUUAAUAGAAUUAAUAAAACAAGGACAAACAGAACAAAUAAUAAUAAACUUUAAGAAAUUACUUAAAGUAUUAAUAGAUAACUUAAAUGGAAAAGAUUCUCAAAUGCAAAUAGUGGUUUUAGAAAUUUUAGCUGCUGUAUUCCAGUCAGAACCAUUAAAAGAUUGUUGGUCCAACUUUGUUGAAUUAUUAACACUAAGAGUUCUUAACGCUCAUUGCGAUGAAAAACGCGAGAUUGUAAAGGAAGCAGAAUCUACUGCUGCUGCGAUGAACGUCUUUCCCUUUAAUACAGUGGUUAAUAUAUUGGCACCUUUAAUUAGGACCAGUCCAUAUCCAUCACUUUUAGGGGCAAUUAAAAUGUUAACAAAACUGGUUGAAACUAAUCCCAAUGAUGUCACUGAUGAGCAUUUACAAAAUAUUAUGCCCGGAUUAAUUAAAAACGCAGAUCAUCAAGAAAGCCCAGUAAGAAAGAGUUCUAUUUUCUGUAUGGUUGCAAUUCAUAAGGCAGUCGGAGAAGAAAGGCUUGAUCCAUUUAUAAAUACGUUGUCAGGCAGUAGGAUAAAGUUGUUGAAAUUAUACAUCAGUAGAUCUCAGCAAACUUCCUCUGUGCCUACAAGUCCUAAAAAUGUUGCGAAUAGCUAGCUAGUCCAUUAUUUUUAAGUAUUAGCAACAUCUUGCAUAUUUUUAUAUUUAUGAGUAAUUUUGUGAUUUAUUAAUCAUUGUUUCUGUUUAUCAUAGUAUCAUUAAAAUUAAGCUUAAAAUCGUUGUCAAGAAAUUUGUUUUCUUUAAAUAUUAAACUUUAUUAACUAUUUUUACCUAUUUAAUAUUGUUGAUUUUAAGAAUUUUAAAAUGUCAUUUUGUGUAAUUAUUUUUUGGUUGAUCAUGUUUUUACAUUUUUAAUUUUACUAUGGUGAAAAUCGAAAAGUGCCCAAAGAUUUAUUAUUACUAUAAAACCAGUGCCGUAUUUAACGCUAGCUCCUGGUAGUGACAAAAGCGGACGCGGGAGUGUGCGGGCGGAAGCGAGCGACUCCUUUUAAAAAGGUGUCCCUAUUUAACGCGGGAUGAAGCGAGGAGUUAGGAUAGGUUAGAAUAAUAAUAAAUAAACUAAAAUAUUUCUCCAUCCACCAUGAUCGUCGAAGUAGAUGGCAGAAAUGUUUACUUUUGGAGAAUUUAUUCAUAAAAUACAAACUGCAGUAUGUAAUAAUGUUUAAAUGACUGAUCCCACAGCAUAGGACGUCUUUGUGCUUCAGAAAUUUGUUAACAUCAAUGUCUGCCCUAUCGUUUUGCCACUGAAUGGCUAUUGCAAUAGUGGAUCUUCUCUUGUCCAAUCGCUUGUUAAAAUCAAAAUAUUUAAUAUCAAAUAUCGCUUGCAUACGCACGCAUCCGCUUUUUAUAACUUUUUUAACUUUUAUUUUAUUUAAUAUAACAUUUAAUAUCUUACGUAUACAUAAUAAUUAUUUUAUUUGACAUAAUGGUGACACUUUUACAUAACAAAUACAUCACAGAAUAUACCAUUAAAAAUCAUAAACAUAAAAUAGGUAAACUUUUGGAUUUUCGCUAAAUUAUAUAAUGUAACCUCAUAAAAAUAAGCAUGUAUUUUUAAGGUUUGAAAUAGUAAUUAUUAAUAAUAAUUAAAACACUAUAAGACUUCAUUAAGUCUAACUCUUGUAAAAUAUUAAUAAUUG